AUGGUUCUACAAGGAAUUGUGCAUCCAGAAGAGAUGAGGAGUAAAACAGAAAAGAAUCCUGAACAAUUUAUGAAUAUUAGUGAGAUAAUCCGGUACAGGGGAUAUCCUUCUAAAGAAUACGAAGUCCUUACAGAGGAUGGCUAUUACCUGAGUUUGAACAGAAUUCCAGGAGGUGAAGGAAAAUCUGGGGUGAUGAGUCCAAGGCCCGCUGUGUUGCUGAUUCCUGGAUUAAUUAUGGAAAGCAGCCCCUGGGUCUCCAAUCUACCCAAUAACAGUUUGGGCUUCAUUUUAGCAGAUGCUGGUUAUGAUGUUUGGCUAGGAAACGUGAGAGGAACGACCUGGUCUAGGAGACAUCAGAACCUUUCAAUAUCCCAGCAGGAAUUUUGGAAUUUUAGUUUCCAUGAAAUGGGCCUCUAUGACCUACCAGCCAUGAUAGACUUCAUUCUAAAGAAGACUGGGCAAAAGCAGAUCUAUUAUGUUGGCCACUCUCAAGGAGCUACUCUAGGUUUCAUUGCCUUUUCUAUGCUGCCAGAGGUAGCAGCAAAAACCAAGUUAUUCUUCGUUUUUGCUCCUGCGUACACAUUCCAUAACAGCAUAGGCCCGGUAAUCCAGCUGUUUUUCCUUCCAGAUAUGCUAUUAAAGAUUAUAUUUGGCACAAAAGAAUUCCGCUUAUUAAGUACACAUUUGAGAGCACUUCUUGCUAAGCUUUGUAGUUAUCGACCACUACAAAAACUUUGUGCCCAAGGCCUUUUCCUUAUAAGUGGCUUUGAUAAAAACAGCUUAAAUGUGAGCCGAGUAGAUGUAUACAUGGCUCAUUUUCCGGACUUCACAUCUGUAAAAAAUGCUUUACACUUUGGUCAGGCAGCAAAAACAGGGGAAUUUAAAUACUUUGACUAUGGUCGUAGAAACAAAGAAAUAUAUAACCAGACCACUCCGCCAUUUUAUAAAAUAGAAGAUAUGACUGUUCCAACUGCAGUGUGGACUGGAGAUCACGACUGGUUGUCUCGCCCGAAGGACAAUGCAGAAUUAGUCCCUCGAAUUACUAAUCUCAUUAAUUUCCAAAGCUUUCCUGACUGGAAUCACUGGGAUUUCCUCUGGGGCCUUGAUGCACCUCAACGUCUUUAUACAGACGUAAUUGAUAUGAUGAAGAGAAUGAUGGGCAGUUCCUCCUGGACAACGCCAUCCAUCUCCUCACUGCUCUCCUUGCUCAACGUUGCCACCAACCCUACCAUUUUGGCUGCUUUUGCUACCUUUGCUGCUACUGCUUCUGCCGCUGCUCCCACUUGCCCUGCUUGCAUAAGUCCCAUUGUAUCACUGGCAUGUUUGCCAGAAACAUUGUUUAAGGUUAUAUUUGGCAAGAAAGAAUUUUGCCUGCUAAGCCCAAAGCUGAGAGCCUUUGUGGCUCAGAAGUGCAGCUCUGAGCUGCUAGACUGGUUAUGCAAACAAGCUCUUUUGCUUGUCAGUGUAUUUAAUGAGGACAAUCUAAACGAGAGCCGGUCUGAUGUGUAUCUAGCACGAUUCCCAGAUUAUACUUCUGUGAAAAAUAUCAUCCACUGGGGCCAGUCAAUUAAAACAGGGAAAUUCAGUUACUUUGAUUACGGCUCAAAGAACAUAGAUAAAUACAAUCAGAUGACUCCACCCUUCUACAGGAUAGAAGAGAUCACUGUGCCAAUUGCUAUGUGGAGCAGGGGACAGGACUGGAUUUGCCAGCCAAAGGAAGUUGCGCAGUUAUGGUCUCGAAUCACAAAUCUCAUUCAUUACAAGGAAUUUCCAGACUGGAACCACUGGGACUACAUUUGGGGCCUUAACGCUGAUCUCCGGAUGUAUGCCAAAGUCCUUGGCCUGAUGGAGAAAAAACUGUGAAACUAUAUGGGAUUGAGAAUUCUCUUUUAAUUCUUAUAUGGGUUUGUUUCAAAUUGCUGAUCUUGCAGUUCGUCCUCCUUUUUUUCUUUGAAAACUUUGUAUAUUUGCAGUGGGACGCAAGACAGAAAUUAAUAUA